AAUCAAGUUGGUGCAAAAUCCUAGCCAAGUUAGGCAGUGGUCAAGACUCUCACCUUGGUGAAGUUGCUCUUAUAAACGAUGGCCAACAGUAUAGCUCCCUAUUCCCCGACCUCUUCCUCUCCUCGACGUCCUUCAGCAGCACCCAAGUUGAAACGACAGGCUAUCAUGGAACACGAGAACCCUAAUAAGCGGCCCUCAGUGAUGGUCAGUGACAGCAAGUGGACUGGAUACUUCAUUGAACCCCACGCUUUGCCUUGCUCUCACCAGCCCCCGAGCGCAAUCAAGGAUAGGCGGGAUAAACUUGUGCGGAAGGCUCGUUGCAUGAUCCAAGACCAUAUAAGCAAUAAUGAUUUGGUCCAGGGGAUGAAGACUGUUGAUGCCAUAGAACGCCUCGGUGUUGGCUACCAUUUUGAGCAGGACACUGCCAUGUUUAUGGACGUUCUCAACAGGAAAGUGAUCAGGGGUGAUGACUUGUGUGCAGUCGCCCUCCAGUUCCGCCUGCUGAGGCAGCAUCACUAUGACGUUACCUGCGGUACUUACAUCUAUCAUCAGCAUCAUCACAUCAAUACAUUAGAAUAUAUUCCAUCAAACAAAAAAACAGUAGAUUCUUUGUGUGUGUUAAGGUUUAGCUUGGUACACACAAAAACUUGUCUGAGCCAGAAAAUGUGUAUUAGCUUGUUAUAUUUGUACUUCAACUUUCACAUCUUGCAGCAGAUGCACCGUGAUGAGGUCAAGAACAUCUCACUGUUGUACAAGGACCUUAAUCCUCGGAGUACGCUUGGUGGAUACAUACGUGAACGGCCAGUCGAGUGCUACUUUUGGGCACUUUGUAUCUUCUACGAGCCACAGUAUAAAAAGGCACGCAUGAUGUUUGCAAGGCUUAUCAAGAUGUUUUCGCUCUUUGAUGAUACAUAUGAUUCAUAUGGCACCUUGGGCGAGCUUCGUCAGUUCAACCAAGCAGUCCAAAGUUGGGAUGUGGAAGGUGCGAAACAGAUUGGGAAGUGCUACGCAUAUGUAAUGUCUCAUCUUUCUAAGAUCCUUGAUGAAUUUGUAGCCAAGGCCGACGCUUCACCCAUUGGCAUUGACUGCACCAAGGAGACUAUCAAGGAGGCAAGCAGGUGCAUGUUACAGGAGGUGGUAUGAAGAGAAGAGGGACACGUACCAUCCUUGCAUGACUAUCUCAAGGUCUCCUCAAAAACAACGUUUUACUGGUCAUUGGCGUGUAUAUCCUUUGUUGGAAUGGAUGCAAGCGAUGACGUUUUUACCUGGGCACUCUCAUUCCCUAAAAUCAUAGAGAGCGCAGCAAUAGCAUGCCGCCUGAUGGACGACAUUUCUGGCCAUGAGUGCGAGAAAGAAAGAAGCAAAUGUGCUACUGCAGUAGAUUGCUAUGUGAAGGAGCAUGGUGUGACAGUUCAACAAGCAAAGCAAGCGUUGUCCUGCCUUAUAGAGGAGCAUUGGAGGAAUAUCAACCAGGAGUUUCUCAGCAACGACAAGGUACCAGCUCCAGUGCUGAUGUGCGUGAUAAACAUGCUGCGCCUGAUGGAGAGCGCAUACAGGAAUGUGGAUGGAUACACCCACUCUGAAGAGAUAACAGACCACAUACAUAAAUUGCUGAAUGAGUGCGUUCAUAUUGAUUAACAAGCUUAUUGCGGGGGACUUAAGUUCAAGAAACUGCAACUUUCAAGAAUAAAUUGCACCACAACAAACCUAAAUUAUGUGAUGCUCCGAAGAAAAAUCAGCUUGAUGUAUGCAUAUCUGUUUAUUUAGAUGCUUGAUAUAUGUGUGAUCUCUGUGUAUUCAGAAUUUCAGAUGUUUGAUAUGUAUGUGGAUAAUAAAAGUGUGCGGCUUGAGAAAUUAACCAUGUCAUUUUACUACCAAGUUUUCAGGCCAAGGUGUGCUUUGAGAACUAGAGUGAGUCCAGGGCACCUGUUUCA